AUGGAUGAUGGGCAUGGACAUCGCAGCAGUAGCAGUGGUAGUAGGGAGCCCGGAAGUGAUAAGAGUAGCAAGGAGAAGAAAGAAAAACAUAAGGAGAGGAGAGAAAAACAGAAGGAGAGGAAGGGAGGUAGGAAGGAGGAGGGGGAUAGAGCCCGCCCGAGCACCUCCUCUCCUAGUGGAGCCGGCCCGAGUACCUCCUCUCCUAGUGGGGCCUGCCCGAGUACCUCCACCCCGAGUGGGGCUUCGCCUAGUGGAAGCGACGAACAGGGCAGCGGAUUCUUUAGCAACCUGGGGCUGGGCAACCUCUUCUCCAACAUAGAAAGCCCCUCAUUUUGCAACGAAUAUAAGACAGGGUACUGCCUGGACGAGGAAGCAAAGAAGGUCCUCGGGAAGGACGGAGAUUCUUCCAAUAAAUCAUCCUCCAAAAGGGGAAGCAAACUUGGCGUAGGUCUCGAUGGCACAGGGAUGUUCAGCAGCAGUGCUGCUGGUGCAGCCAAGGAUGGAAGUGGUCUCCCCGAAGGAACCCCCGUGUGUGUAGAUACAACAUAUUAUGAUAUAUUAAACGUUAAACCAACUGCCACAUCUAGUGAAAUUAAAUCCAAAUACUACAAGCUAGCCCUGAAGUAUCACCCUGAUAAAAACGCAAAUGAUCCUGAAGCAAAAAUGAAAUUUCAGAAAAUCAACGAAGCAUAUCAGGUAUUAAGUGAUUCAGAAAGGAGAGCAGAUUAUAACAAGCAUGGAUUAAAUGCAACGAAGGAUAUGGUACUUAUUGAUCCAGCUUUGUUAUUUAUGAUGCUAUACAGUUCAGAUGAGCUAUCCGAUUACAUCGGUACCUUACGUGUAGCUUUUUUUAUCAAAUUAGCAUUCGAAGGAAAUACUACCAUUGAAGAUAUACAUACACAGGGAGGGAAAAUGUUAUCAGAAAUGGAAGUAGAGCAGUCUAAAAGAGAAGUAGAGUUGGCUUUACUUUUAAGAGAUAGGUUACAACCAUAUGUUGAUGGGGAUACAAAAUGGGAGGAUAAAAUGGAAAAAGAAAUUACAGACUUGUUAGAUUCUUCAUUUUCAAGUUCCAUUUUAGAAUCCAUCGGUUGGAAUUACCGUAAUAGUGCUUCUUCGUUCAUUGCUGAGGUGACUACCUUGUGGGGUAUGGGAGCUACUGUCCCUAAUAUACAAGCUCAGAAACGAUCUGUUCAAAAUAACUUGGGUCUGGCUACUUCUAUUAUUAGUACCUUCCUGACUAUGCAUAGGAUGGCUGCUUACAACGAAAUGCAUAACGCUCUUGACGCUGUCAAUGUGGGAGAAAAUGUCACUAUCAUCUCGGUGGGGGGGAAAGAGGGUCACGUGGAAAGUAAAACGAAAAAGAAACACUCAGGUGAGGGUGGAAGUGGGAACGUGCGUGAUAAAUCCAGUAGAGGAGGCCAAUCCAGUAGAGGAGGUCAAUCCAGUGGAGGAGCCCAGUCCAGUGGAGGAGCCCAAUCGAGUGGAGGAGCCCAGUCCAGUGGAGGGGACUACUCGAGUGAUAACUCCACCGGGGGGGGGAAGUUCACCGAUAAAGUUGCAGAUAAAUUUAGUGAUAUGUUUGGAGAGAAAAAGAAGGAAAAAAAAAAGCAUAAGAAGAAGGAGAAGGAAGGGGCGUCCUCUUCGGGAGCGGCAAGGACAACACACUCCAGGAGCAGCAGUAUGGAUGUGAUGCGCUUCGGUUUUCCACGAACGCAACAGGGGAAUGAUAAUAACACAUGGAAACGACUGACAGGACAAAGCAAGGAUUUAGAUCGAGAAGCAUAUCUCGAGAAGAAGAACAAGGAAGCGUUUGGCAUCAUAAUAAAAAAUGUGUUGAAAAUUGUCCUUUGGGAUAUCGAAGGUACCGUGAGGAAGGUGGCGGAGAAGGUCCUUCGUGACGAAGGGGUGUCAAUCAAAGUAAGGUUGCAAAGAGCAAAGGGGUUAAAACUACUUGGGAAAAUCAUGCUUAGAUUGUCCAAGACAAAGAAGGAUAUGAGUGACUCCAAGGAGUUCGAUGUGAAUGAGCUAUUCGAGUCGGUUAUAAUGAAGGCCGCGGAGAAGGCGGCGGCGGAGGAGGCCGCGUCGAGAGGCGAGGAGGAGGAUUUUUUUAAGCGCGAGGCCCACUAG